UUACGCAUGCGCAUUCACCCUUGAGCGUAACCUCGUGAAGACAAAAUGUCGUCUCCACCAGCUAAAGUUAGGAAAGAAGAAGUCACGAAAAAUGGGCAAAAUGCCCAGGAAUCAGAAAGUGAUUUAUAUCCAGACAAAGAGCACCAGCAGGCGAUCGAAGAGAUCGACAAUGUCCAGAAUGAAAUUGAUAACCUGAAUGAGAUGGCGAGUGAGGAGAUCUUGAAGGUGGAACAGAAGUACAAUGCACUGAGGCAACCGUACUUCGAGAACAGAGCAAAACUUAUCGACAAGAUACCUCACUUCUGGGCUACCACUUUCACACAUCACCCUCAAUUAUCAAUGUUGUUAGACGAAGGAGACGAAGAUGCACUACAGUACCUUUCAAAGGUCGAGGUCAAAGAAUUUGACGACAUCAAAUCAGGUUACAGAAUUAAUUUUUUCUUCACACCCAACCCUUACUUUGAGAAUGAUGUUAUAAGCAAAGAGUUCCACUUAAAUGAGACAGGAGAUCCCAAAUCAAAGGCAACGCCCAUCAGGUGGAAACCAAACAAGGAUCUGACAAAGAGAAAUCUGGGUACCCUCAAGGAUGGUCGCAAGAGGACACACACAGACAAUGAAAGCUUCUUCUGUUGGUUCACAGAGCAAUCAGAAGCAGGGGCAGACGAGCUCGGAGAGGUGCUCAAAGACGACAUCUGGCCCAACCCAUUACAAUUCUUCUUGGUGCCUCCUGCUGAGGAUGAGGGAACGAGUGACAUCAUGGACAGCGGAGAGCUGGAAGCCCUGGAUGAGUACGACGAGGGAGAGGAUGACGAUGACCUCGAUGAUGAUGACCUUGAUGGAGAAGAUGACUUAGAUGGUAGCGGGGGUGAAGACGAUGACAUCGAAGGAGAGGAGGAUGAUGAGGACGAUGAAGAUGAUGAUGAUGAUGGCGAAGGUGACAUCGUUGAGGAGGUAGAGGGUGAGGACGAUGAUGGAGGCGAUGAUGGUGGGGACUAAUGCUUUUGUCAAAAAACAAACAAACUCUGUUCAUAGUUCAUGCUACACAAGAACUGUAUUGUAUAAAGAUUUUCUCUACAUGUUUCCAUGCAUUUGGUCUUCAUGCGUCCUGUUUAUUAUUUCCUAUUUUUUUUCUUUUUAAUAUAUAUAUUCAGUGGGCAAAGUCUGGACUUUGUGCAGCGUUCUUAGAAUAUGAUAUGAGGAAGAAAAAAAAAUGAUUUAUGUAGCAUUUCAUAUGCUGCCAUUCAAUCAUUCCCUGUAAAUUGAAAAUAGCAUAAUUUUAUUCAAGUCUGGUCUUACUUUCAGUGUGGCGAGUAUCUGACUAUUGAAAAACCAAAUUUUUUGCAAGAAGGGACUUUCCGAAGUUAGAUGUCUGCCAUCUCUUUGUGAAUUUAUUGAAUUCUUCAUGAUGUUUUUGCGUUGUGCGAUGUUUUGGUAUACCUUGGCAAUUUGCGAUGUUUGCAACAAAUUUUUGUUUUUCAGUUGACCAGGUGCUUCAGUUGCAGGACAAACGAUCCAGGCCGCUUUUGAGGCAAUUAACCUUCACUAGCAUAUGCAGUUCUAAUACAUGUAUAUGCAUAUAGCGUGUUGUGUUCUUUGAUGUAGUUUUCGAGCUGCACAUGCGGUAUAUAUAGCACAUUUCAUUGUGUCAGUGCAAGAGCGCCCUCAGCAAAACAUUUUUGCAAAAUUCCCUUAAGCACUGCACUUGUGCAUGCUGCCAAGGGCGUUUUUGUGCGCAAGUGGUGCACGAAGGUGUGGUGUUAAGGGCGUUCUUGCACCGACACAACAAUUUGUUUUGCAAGGAUUUUAUACCAAUCCGUUUAAAUAAUGGUUAGUAUACUCCUGCAUUUAUGCCACAGUCACCAACAACGAAGUCGACUCGAUACCGACCAAAUCUAGUAGGUUAUUUGAGAUAACUUGCCAUUGGUCAGUUCUGAGUCUAUUUGUUGGUAUAUAACUGUAGCAUAAGUUUGAGUGGAUCAGGACUAUAAAGCGUAUGUGAAAGAUUAGGACUACCAUAUCAAUUCAACUAUCGUUGUGUUCUGAAAUUCAGGUUAACCAAUGUUAGGGGGGGGAACCAUCAUGAAAACUGUUUUAUUAUGACAAAAUAAUGUGAUAUUUAAGUAUUUCGAGUACCACAUGUUUCAUUGUAUAGAUUGUUUUUGUAGCUGCGUUUGAAGAAUUGUCAAUGGGUAGAACAGAACGUUUUUUUUUUAUUUGGUAAAUCUGAGAGACAAUUUUUUUUCUAGAAAAACAAACAAAAAAAUGGACGGAUGCAAUAUGUAGUUUGGAAAUAUCAGUUGAUCACAAGAUGCAGUGGGAUUUUCUGGGAGCUUCAGUCACAUAUAUCCCAAUUCAGUGUAGCGGCUACAAAGGAUGCUACAAGAUUUUGAACCCAGUUUGAGGAGAUGUACAUUUGUUGAAGGGUGUUUAAAAAGGGAGUGAAUAAAUUUGGUGCUUGUCCCUCGACAUAAGGCGUUGAAAAUAACCUAACUUGAUUAAAAUACUUUCUCAUCGUGCAUUGCCGUGCCAAGAAUCUAUUAUGCAUAUCCAAUAUUUUUUAUUUCCUCAUUUCCGUUAUGUUGUCGGUGACAUUUUCUCUUCAGUCUUGAAAGAAAGAAGAAAACAGAGUAAACAUUUGUACAAAUCUUGCACCGUAAUGUGUUGUUCAGAAUUUCUGUGGAAGUACAAAAGAAAUUCUUGUAUGAUAGUAAUACGAGCGUACAGAUAGCCUAAUAUAGUUCUUUUUUGUACUGUUAUUUUAAUUGUGUUGCUUUUUUAAUCUCCAUAUAUGCUACCUAUUAUAAGUCCUGUAUAUUAAUGAUUUCUGUUCAAUCAAUUUUCUCUUACGGAAGAGACAAAUGAGAAUACCCUGAUAUGAAUCGGAAUUUGUUGCAAAUGGACCACAUGUAAGAUUAAAUUUAUUGUUCAGAUGCACUUGAGUAAAUUGUGAUAAUAUUUGUUGAAUAGUUGGUUCGGUAUUCAUAGUUUAUCUCUUUCCCUCAUAGCUGAAAAAAAAUUGUACAGACUCAAAAUGUGUAAAAAGUAGUUGGAUAAGAGAUGAAAAAUUUGGGAUUUACAAGACUUCAAGAUAUUUGAACUACAUGUCUCAACUAUCACUUUUUCAAUGUACAUGUAUUUGUAUGAGAAUUCACGAUUUCAGAUUUUUUUAUAGAGGAAAGCAUGUUAUGAGAAAGGUCAAGCUUCGCUGUUGGCCUUUCUUAGAGUGUGCUUUUUGAGCUUGUCUUGCUUUGUAGCUGUGCGCUGUACAAUGAAGAGGAUUGUAAAUAUAUAAAUCAAUCAGCAGAAAAAAAGGAUAAACCUAUGUUAGGAUAAUAUAGGAAUGAAAAUGAAUUUUUGUUGGUUAGCCCGGAAAAUUUUGAAUUGUCUUAAGUGUAAGGAUCUUGUGUCAUUUACAACUGUUUUUUUUUAGAUUACCCGUUGAAUUUGUUUUUAUCGCUUCUGCAUAUUUAAAAAUACCGCAGCUGUUCUGUGAAAAUGACAAAAACACACAUGCACAUAAUGUUUCUUAUUUAAUGGGAAGAAAUCGUGUACAAAAUUCUGUAAAACGACAUGAUUGUGUGCAUUACUCUACAUCUUGUCAGAAGGGUAAUGUUUGGUUUCAGAGGAUACAGAUGUGAAGAGUUCACUUUGGACAAUUUAACCCCCCCACAAAUCUUGAUUGUUUCAAAAUUAAAACUUCACUUAGAUUCCAUCCAACAA